UGCUGGCGGCCCCGGGCACCUCUCACUCUCCACCCUGCCUGGGCGCCGGCCGGGAGGCAGAGGGGCGGCGGGGCGGCGGGGAGGCGAGGGCGCCUCACUCGCGGUCCCGGGCUCACCUGCCAGCCAGGUGUGCGGCCCCCGCCGUCUCCUCCCCGGGAGAGAUGCAGCCAACUUUCUUUACUUGGCUCCGGACGCAGCCCAAGAGCCCAGAAGGGCGCCGGGUACGCAGAGACGCCCAGUGUCUGUUGAAAAGAGAAGAAAAUGAGAGUGACGGGGAAGGGGAGCCGUUCCUCCCGAGGCUGCGGCUCAGUGCAGAGCCCUGGGGUUCUCGGAGAGAGUCCGCGGUUAUUUCAAAGACCAGCCUGAGAAAACUCCAGUUCCCUGUGAGAUUUUAUUACCUGAGACAGAACCGUUGCUGGCUGGACUCAGUUCUUGAGUCGUCAUGUACAGGGACUGGUGACGCUUGGGUCAGCUGUGGGUCCAGGUGAGCUCAGCUGGCCCCUCUCACAGCCCAGGUGGAGGAGAGGCCAGCAGGCUGGAAGAUCCCUCACCCUCGGGGAGCCUGGAGGACCUGCCACAGGUGCCAGAUGGAGGCCAGGAACCCUCGCCUCCCGCGUCUGAUGGGCACAGGCGGAGAGGUGCCCGGCGGACUCCACUGCGAACACUUCCCGCGCCCCUGCCCAUUCCGAGAUCGACCUGCAGCUGAGCUGCGCCGUCUGGGCCCCCGAUGCUGCUGCCCGGCCCUGGCUCCUGCCCUCGCGUCUCCCUGCCUCGUGGCCCAGCAGCCCCGGAGCAGUCACUUGGACCACAGAGGUGCGCCUCGCCGGGCCCAGCCUGGGCGCUCAGUCCCGCCCACGUCCCGCCCACGUCCCGCCCACGGCGCAGACGGGCGGCCGUGCUGACCAAUGGAGAGCGCCCGGAUCCCGCCGCUCCAGCUCCAACGUACAGACUCAGCCCCGCCCGGCCUGCGCGCGCAGCCCCGCCCACGCCCCGCCCCUCCCGCUGACCAAUGGCGAGCGUCCGGAUACGCCGGCCGUUGAUUGGCGGCGCCGGGUCGCUUUGGGCAGGAGCUGCGCGCUGGGCGCGGGAGGUUCGCAGCCGGCGGCGGGCGGCCAUGGAGGACUACGAGCAGGAGCUGUACGGCGUCGAGGAUGACUUCCACAGCCAGUUCGCGGCCGAGCUCGAGGUGCUGGCCGAGCUGGAAGGGACAACCGCCAUGUCACCUUCCAGGGACCCCUGGCCCACCGUGGGCCGGCCCCGCCUGACGUUCGAGGAGACCAUUGCUGGAGGGAACGCUGCCACUCACUGCUCUCCAGGCGGACCUCCAAGGAACAGCAAGGGCGGUGCCAGGAAGAGGCAGCUGGCCGCUGACAUCCACGGGGACAGACCCCUGCCCCCUACCCCCAAAGUCAAACGGUCCAGGCUGGAGGCUGCCAGGAGACUGAACUUCAGGUCCGAUGAGAUGGAAGAGCCGCUGCCUCCUGACUCCCCGACUCAGGACAUCACCCCCCCACUGAGUCCUGAGGUCCCUGCUGAACUAUGGGGCAAGGGGCCCUUGGACACUGGGGCUGAUGUGGGUCUCACUAAGGCCUCGCCAGCCGCCCGCAAUCCUGUCCUGAGGCGGCCCCCUGUCUUGGAGGACUACAUCAAUGUGACCUCCACUGAUGGCAACCGGGCCUUUCUAGUGCUUCAGGCUGACCCAGUGGGCACUGGGGUCCAGAGCCCUCUUCUUGACAUCCGGUGGCGUGGCCGUGGCCAGCUGGAUCUGCUGGGUGUGUCCUUUGCCUCCCUGAAGGAGAAGAUCGACAGCGAGCGGCGGCAGCGACUGCUGGAAGAGGCCCAGCGGCUCUCGGACACACUGUGCAGUCUUAGGUCAGAGGAGGUGGAGGAGGGGCCCCAGCCCUCGGGGGCCUCUGAGGAAGAGCCGGCUGACAGCCAAGAUGCUUCCCAGCAUUGCCUCUGGGUGGAUGAGUUCGCACCCCAACGCUAUACGGAGCUGCUCAGUGACGACUUCACCAACCGCUGCCUCCUCAAGUGGCUGAAGCUGUGGGACUUGGUGGUGUUUGGCCGAGAGCGGCCCACCCGGAAGCCCAGACCCAGUGUGGAACCGGCCCGUGGUGGCAAGGAGGCCACAGCCUCCAGCAAGUGGAAAAGCCACGGACAGGUGCUAGAGGAGAUGCUGGAGGCUGAGCUGGAUCCAAGCGGGCGGCCCCGGCAGAAGGUGGCGCUGCUAUGUGGGCCCCCAGGGCUGGGCAAGACCACCCUGGCCCAUGUGAUUGCGCAGCAUGCUGGGUACUCUGUGGUGGAAAUGAACGCGAGUGAUGACCGCAGCCCUGAGGCCUUCCGAACGCGCAUCGAGGCAGCCACGCAGAUGGAGUCGGUGUUGGGCACUGGUGGGAGGCCCAACUGCCUGGUUAUCGAUGAGAUCGACGGGGCCCCCACGGCUGCCAUCAAUGUUCUCCUGAGCGUCUUGGAUCGCCAGGGCCGACAGGAGGCAGAGCCAGGGGGCCCCGCUGUGCCCACGGGCGGGGGGCGGCGGCGCCGGGCGGAAGGGGGGAUCCUGAUGAGGCCCAUCAUCUGCAUCUGCAAUGACCAGUUCGUGCCCUCCCUUCGGCAGCUGAAGCAGCAGGCACUCCUGCUCCACUUCCCGCCCACGCUGCCCUCCAGGCUCACACAGCGGCUCCAGGAGAUCUCCCUGCGGCGGGGCAUGCGGCCUGACCCUGGCGCACUGGCGGCCCUCUGCGAGAAGACAGACAACGACAUCCGCGCCUGCAUCAAUGCCCUACAGUUCCUGCAUGGGCGGGGCCAGCGGGAGCUGAGUGUUCAGGCUGUGCAGACCACACGCAUUGGCCUCAAGGACCAGCGCAAGGGCCUCUUCUCCGUGUGGCAGGAGGUCUUCCAGCUGCCCCAGGCCCGGAGGCACCGCAUGGGUCAGGACCCGACCCUGCCCUCCCACACACUCCUGCUCGGUGAUGGGCACGUGGGUUCAGGGCCCCUCGCUACCAAGGUGCCCCUGACCGCGGCCUCUCAGCGGUUCUACCACAUCUUGCAUGUGGCCGCUUCUGCGGGUGAGCACGAAAAGGUGGUCCAGGGCCUUUUCGACAACUUCUUGCGGCUGAGGCUGCGGGAUUCCAGCUUGGCAGCCGUGUGCAUAGCACUUGACUGGCUGGCCUUCGACGACCUGCUGAGCCGGGCCGCCCACCAUGGCCAGAGCUUCCAGCUGCUGCGCUACCUGCCCUUCCUGCCCCCGGCGUUCCACCUGCUCUUUGCCUCCAGCCAUGUGCCGAGGAUCACCUUUCCCACCAGCCAGCAGGAGGUGCGCCCCAUGCCCUGCCCAUACCCAGGGUCUAACACCGGGGCCCUGGGUGACUUGGUCCUCGUCCGCCCUCCACCCCAGGCCCAGAAUCGGAUGAGCCGGACACACAACCUGAUGCAGACGCUGGUGUCGGGCAUCACGCCAGCCACCCGCAGCCGGGCUGCACCGCAGGCGCUCAUCCUGGACACCCUCUGCCUGCUCCUGGACAUCCUCGCACCCAAGCUGCGCCCUGUGAGCACACAGCUGUACAGCGCCCGAGAGAAACAGCAGCUGGCCAGCCUCGUGGGCACCAUGCUCGCCUAUAGCCUCACCUACUGCCAGGAGCGCACGCCUGAUGGGCAGUAUGUCUACAGGCUGGAGCCGAACGUGGAGGAUGUCUGCCGCUUUCCCGAGCUGCCCACCCGCAAGCCCCUCACCUACCAGGCCAAGCAGCUCAUUGCCCGUGAGAUUGAAGUGGAGAAGAUGCGGCGGGUGGAGGCCUUGGCCCGGGCUAGGGUCGGCCCCCAGGUGGACGGGGGUCCCCUGGGGGGCACUGGGGAGAAAGGGGCGCAGCCAUCUGCCCCAUGCAGCCACGAGCAGCGGCUGGAGUGCAUCCUGAAGAGAGCUGCCCUGGAGGAGCAGCCCGAGAGGGACUUCUUCGGUCGUGUGGUUGUCAAGAGAGCGGCAGCCCCGAGCACAGAGCACGCAGCCCCUGAGACUGACACGGCCGAGCGGCGCAUGGGCACCGCGGUGGGCAGGAGCGACGUCUGGUUCCGCUUCAAGGAGGGCGUCUCCAACGCCGUGCGGCGCAGCCUGUACAUCAGGGACCUGCUGUAGCCUGGGCCACACCAAGCCCCCAGGAUCCAUGCUGCCACCUUCGCUGUGCUAGAUACUCUGACCCACACUUGACGUCCCCAGGAUCUACGCUGGACACU